CUUUCUUGCCUGUGUCCUCUUCAGGGUGUUUGGGCAAAUGUUUCCCCGGGGGUCCAGACACCAUUUAAAGGUUCCGGGAGAGACCAUUGGUAAAGAGAGUGUGGUGAAUCUUUUUGUGCUUAGGUUUUUGGGUUUUUAUAAUAUUGGGUUUGGUGUAACAUUAAAGUGUGGAAUAUUUAUUAAUAUGAAAAUGUGAAAUGUAUUUAUUUAUUCUAAUUGAUAUAUUGUAUAUUGUGGUGGAAGGUUGGGAUUUAAGAAUUUACCUAAGAGUGGAAUAAUGGUUUGAUCUGUGACAGCUGAACAUAUUUAAGGCUGCCGGUUGUCAUUAGAAGGGAUAUAUUGUGCUGUGAAGAAGCUCGACAAGUGAAUUGUUGUAAGGAGAGCUGUAUGGGAAAUAAAUACUUUUGUUCCACUGCACUUGCCUUCGUCCAUCUCACUGUGUUUCCAGCCGCUAAGGGCUGCCCUGUUACAAGUGGUGUCAGGAGUGUGUCACUCAUGCCACAGUGAGAAGAUGAUGACAAGAGGUGGAAGAAAGCCAGGCCAAGAGGAGCAGCCUGAUGAAGGAGUUGGAGCUUCAUCUGAGCUAGAGGCCAUGGCAGCAACAAGCCCUGAGGACAAAUUGGAGGAGUUGACAGGGUUGGUGAAAUCUCUUAUGCGGUCUCAAGCAGCCAGAGACCAAAAGUGGGAGAAGGAUUUGUCACGUCAGGAGCAAAGGUGGAAAGGCAUGCAGCAUCAAUUUCAGCAAAUCCAGCUACAAGUUAAUGCUGUAAUUGAUAAGCCUGAUCCACCAGAGGCGCCAGCGCCCCCUACAACAUCUGAAGAACAAGAACAUGGAUUCAAUGUUGAAGACAUUCCAGUGGCCAGUGGGUCCAGGUCUUUAAUUGAACCAAAACUUUUUCCUCUGUCACCAGAAGAUGACAUUGAACAUUUUCUGACUACGUUUGAAAGAAUGGCAAACGUGUGUCGAUGGCCCAGAGAUGAGUGGGCUAUUCGUCUGGUUCCCCUGUUGACAGGUAAAGCCCGCACAGCCUACAUUCUUAUGGAUGUAACAGACUCUGAGAACUACGAUAAAGUGAAAGAGGCAAUUCUGGCAAAAUAUGAGAUCACUGCUGACACCUACAGACGCCGCUUCAGAUCUAUGAAAGUUGAACCAGGUGAGACGCCACGUGAACUUUAUGUAACAUUGAAAGACCUGUUUUCAAGAUGGAUUAAACCUGAGAAAUCAACUGUUGAAGAAAUAUCUGAGCAGAUAAUUCUGGAGCAGUUUUUAAGAAUGGUUAACCCAGAGCUGGAAAUCUGGAUACGUGAGCAUGACCCGAAGACGGCAAAGGAAGCAGCUAGCCUCGCAGAGGUUUUCACUUCAGCCAGAAAAGGAAGCAAGAGCACCUACUUCAGCCGGGAGACCCACUACGCCCAACCAAUUCCAAGACCAGCCACAGAGCCAGUAGGAAAGAAAGCUUGUACUGUCCCUGUUUUAAUUAAUGGGCGUAAAGAAGAAGCUUUGCUCGACUCUGGGUGCUUCCAAACUCUUGUACACUCUAGCAUAAUUUCAGGAGAAAAGCUAAGUGGGGUUGGGGCUACAAUAAGUUGUGUGCAUGGAGAUGAACACAGGUACCCCACUGCUGAGGUUUACCUGACAGUGGGAGGUCAAACCUACUUGUUAGUGGUAGCUGUGGUUCCCAGUUUGCCAUAUUCAGUGAUACUUGGUAAUGACAUCCCCACUCUCUUUGAUCUAAUACAUCAGUCAGAUUAUGACCCUCAAAUGAGUGCUGAGAAAGACAUUCUAGGUGAUGAAUCUGGAGGCUCACUUCCUCUAGAUAUGACAGUUGAACCAUUUAAACCCUGUCAUGUAGUCACAAGAGCACAAAGUGCAAAGGAAAUGAUGCAAGAGCUACCCUUUUUGAGGAGUCUCUCGAAACAGAGCCAGGGAAGAUUAGAAAGUCUAGGGCUCAGAAAAGAAGAGAAAAGUUCAAAGGCUCAGGGAAAAAGGGUAGGCAUACCAAGAGAAAUUCUGACAGAUUGUGGAACGAACUUUCUAUCCAAGUUGUUGCAGCAGGUUUAUACGCUGUUAGGGAUAAAGGGACUUAAGACCACCCCUUAUCACCCCCAAACGGACGGGCUAGUGGAGAGAUACAACCAGACUCUCAAAAGUAUGCUGCGCAAGUUUGUUUCUGACACAGGUGCUGACUGGGAUCAAUGGCUGCCAUACCUUCUGUUCGCCUACCGGGAGGUCCCGCAGGUUUCCACUGGUUUCUCGCCUUUUGAACUUUUGUACGGCCGCCAAGUGAGAGGCCCCCUGGAUCUGCUUAAGGACUGCUGGGAGGACCCCAAAGCAGAGGGCGAAAACAUCGCAGCCUACGUCAUCACCAUGAGAGAGAGGUUGGAGAAAAUGGCAUCACUGGUGCAAGACAACAUGAAAGCUGCACAAAAACAUCAAAAGACAUGGUAUGAUCAGAAGGCCAGGGAUAGGGUCUUCCUUCCAGGUCAGAAAGUACUGUUAUUGCUUCCCACCAGCGAUAACAAGCUGCUGACAAAAUGGCAUGGACCAUAUGAGAUCGUCAGACAAGUGAGUAAAGUCACUUAUGAACUGAAUAUGCCAGAAAGAGUUAAGAAAUAUCAGACAUUUCAUGUGAACUUGUUGAAGGAAUUCCACAGCCGACAAGAGCCGGUCCAUCAGUUACUGGCUGAUAUUAAAUCACUCGUGGACCCACAGCUCUUUCGAGAAACACCAGGCUUCACAUCACUGGUUCAGCACAAGAUACGGGUGAAGGAGGAUGUACCCGUUCAACAAAAGAGCUACAGAAUUCCAGAACGGUUGGUGCCAGUGCUUCAGAAAGAAAUAAAACUGAUGUUGGACCUGGGAAUCAUUGAGGUGUCAAGUAGUGAGUGGUGCAGCCCAAUUGUUUUGGUGCCAAAGAAAGAUGACACCCUGAGAUUCUGUAUUGAUUUCAGAUAUUUGAAUGCAGUAUCCAAGUUUGAUCCCUACCCAAUGCCCAGGGUGGAUGACCUGCUGGAGAGAGUUGGAUCAGCAAGGUACAUUACGACACUUGAUCUGUGUAAAGGAUACUGGCAAGUGGCUUUGGCACCAGAAGCGAAAAGAGCUGACAGCCUUCAAAACUCCUUUUGGUAUGUACCAAUUUAA